AUGGCUCACGAAAACGUCUGGUUCUCCCACCCAAGAAGAUUCGGUAAAGGUUCCCGUCAAUGUCGUAUCACCGGCUCCCACAACGGUCUUAUCAGAAAGUACGGUUUGGAUCUAUGUCGUCAAUCCUUCAGAGAGAAGGCUAACGACAUUGGUUUCUACAAGUACCGUUAA